AUGGCGUCUAACCAACAAAGCUACAAAGCUGGUGAAACCAGAGGCAAGACUCAGGAAAAGACUGGACAAGCUAUGGGAGCAAUGAGGGACAGGGUUGAAGAAGGUAAGGACAAGACUCAAGCAACCGCUCAAUCAGCAAAAGACAAGGCUUCUCAAACUGCCCAAACGGCCCAACAGAAGGCUCAUGAGACGGCUCAGUCAGCAAAAGACAAGACAUCUCAAACUGCCCAAACGGCCCAGCAAAAGGCACAUGAUACGACCCAAUCAGCAAAAGACAAGACAUCUCAAGCUGCCCAGACGGCCCAAGACAAAGCCCGUGAGUCUAAGGACAAGACCGGGAGCUACAUGUCGGAGACAGGAGAAGCCAUUAAGCACAAGGCUCAAGACGCUGCUCAGUACACGAAGGAGACGGCUCAAGACGCUGCUCAGUACACUAGAGAGACGGCUGAAGCCGGUAGAGACAAGACCGGUGGGUUCUUGAGCCAGACAGGUGAGCAUGUGAAGCAGAUGGCUAUGGGUGCAGCUGAUGCGGUGAAGCAUACUUUUGGGAUUGCUACGGAGGAAGAAGACACUGAACAUUUUCCAGGAGCUACUACGACCAAUACUCGUUCAGGAACCACUGAUCCGACUCAUCAGACUUAUCAGAGGAAGUGA